AGGGAGUAUUAACAUAUACUAAAUGCACAUAAGUAUUUAUAGCAAAAGAAAUUUGAAAUAUUCCAUAGACUUUUGAAUUUCUAUAACUAUAUCUAGUAAUAAAGUAGAUGAGACACAAUAAUUAAAUGCUAUGGAAAACUUACACCCCCACUACCCAAUUAUAGCGCUCCACGUAAUCAUUACAAUCCAUUAGUCGCUAAUCAUUCGCUUCCAUGUAGUAUUAAUUUAAAUAUAACUGAAAACAAUUAACGUAAUUAAUGGCCCCGUUAAAAAACAGAUUUACUCAAAAGUUUUUGAGUCAAAAAAUCCAAUUAACCAACACCGCCUCUGCUUAAGUAUCUCUUCAGUGACUUAUCGUUUUUCGAGCCUUCAGAGAUUAUCACAAGAAGAAUCCAGAAGACCGCCGGAAAAAAAAACAUUAAGAAGAUUUACAAUAGAUAAAAAACUUCUCCGUCGUCUUCGCCGUGAGAUUCGCUUGGUUCUGUUUCAGGAUGAUGAUGACUCAGAGGAUUUCUCCUUCUUAUAAGCGACGAAAGGUCUCUAUUGUAAGAGACUUUCCACGAUUUAGUGUUAAAGAUCAGAGAAGUGAUGAUGUUGCAGCCAUAAGUGAGACAAAAGAGAAUUUGUAUGGUAGUGAAGAUAGGAAUUUUGUUGGUGGUGUUGCACAUCAGAAUCACCAUAGGCCUAAAGAAUUCGAAUCGUUUGAUUCGAUUAUGAAGAAAGCUGGCUUUAAUGUAGCAGGUAAUGGUAAUGUUGGGAAUGAAAAAUUUCCUCCAUCUAGGAGGAAAGUUCCUUUACUUUGUGAAAGUAAAGUGAAACCUCUAAGUGUGGAGGAAGGUAUUAAACUAAUGGGUUCUGAAAGCCAAAGAAGACGUCGUUUUGGUAAGCCUUUGGUAUCCAAAGCUGUGCAGAAACGUAGAUGCUCACCGGCGAAGAAGAAGUUGAGUAAUGCAACUGCGUUAAGAGUAAGAGCCAAUGCUGUUGUGCAGAAACAUAGAUACUCACCGGGGAAGAAGAAGUUGAGUUAUGCUCAUAGACCAAGGCUGUCAAAUCAACUUGGAGUUCUCUCGGAUAUACAACGAAACCGGCUUUCUAAAGAUCUUAGCCCACGAGAGAAAGUUCAAGAGGUUUUGCGUGUUUUCAAACUUGUGUUUGAUGAGCUAGAUCGUAACAAGGCAGCACGGCGAGGUGAAUCAGAGACUGCCAAGAGUAGGAUAGAUUACCAAACUCGGAAUAUUCUGAGGGAAAUGGGGAUGCAAGUGAACUGUCAUAAGAGGAUUGGACCAGUCCCCGGAAUCGAGGUUGGAGAUGAAAUUCAGUUCAAAGCAGCACUCAAUGUAAUCGGUCUUCACUUUGACAUCAUGGGUGGGAUAGAUUACAUGAAGAAAGGAAACAAGGAAGUAGCUACGAGCAUUGUUUCAUCUGAAGGUAAUGAUUACGGCGAUAGAUUCAUCAACGAUGUGAUGAUCUAUUGUGGUCAAGGAGGUAAUGUGAAGAGCAAGGAUCAAAAAGCAAUCAAAGAUCAGAAGCUUGUUGGAGGCAAUUUGGCUUUAGCUAAUAGCAUUAAGGAAAAGACUCCGGUACGAGUGAUCCGCGGCGAAAGGAGAUUGGACCAUAGAGGAAAGGAUUAUGUGUAUGAUGGUUUAUACAUGGUGGAGAAGUAUAGGAAAGAGAGAGGCCCUCAAGGUAACAUUUUGUUCAAGUUUGAGCUUAGAAGAAAAGCUGGUCAACCUUAUGUUGACUUUUGAAAGGGUUAGUGUUUUGAGAUGGAAACUUUGUGUUUUUGGUUUUUUGGGAAGAUAGUACUUACUUAGGUCCGUGACCUGUAAUAUCAAAACCAACUAUAGUGUGGUUCUAGAUGUUUUUUUUCUUUCUGACAGUAGGUUCAGUAUCUUGCGUUGUACGAAUGUAAUGGAUCCUUAUGAUAUCUUCAUAACUAAAUGAUACUUCUGUGUUUCUGAA